AUGUCCGUGUUCAUGGAAGUGUUCAACCACCUUGUUUUACCACCACAGCUUCCUGGUAAACAGGACGCCAAUAUUGGAAGCACUGGUGAUGCCAUCAUCCUCCGACUCAUCCAGGCUACAUCUACUCUGAGCCGAAUUGCUAGUCAAGAACAGACAUCUCCCUGGUAUGCGAUUCGUCAGCACCUUCGCCGCUGCCAAUGUCUUCAUAUAAAUGGUCGGCUCGAGAAGCAGACACUGAUCUCAACAUUUUACAACUUCAAUGAGGAGCAACCACUUCUGCUACAUAUCGCAGAACAGAACACCGCGCUUAUCGUUCGAUACAAUUCGAGUGUCAAAACAGAAACUGUUGUCUUCGAAGCUUUCGAACUAUCCUCUCCAUCUGCCGAAGUACUGGCUAGUGAAGGUGCUCUUAUCUGCGAUUUCCCUCAUUGCUCAGCGCAGAUACCAUCCGACGAGUUCCGAAAGCCAUCGUUCCAGGACGCGCUUGCUGACUUUCUGGAAAAGGGCAGCAUAGAGCCCUUGAGAUGCUUCCAGCCACUUGUGACGAAAGCGCAAACCCCAGUCGUCGAGUCGCGCGAUACAGCCAGUCCAGGACUUAUAACGCAUCUUCUUAUGCCCCUGCUCGAAUCGAUUGGGUCGCCGGUAGACGAAGAUGUUAAUCGCUUGAGAAAACGUGUUCGUGAUGAUGCAAACAUCGAGACUGCGGAGAUCCCAUGGCGGAGAUUGCCUCUCUGGAUAGCACUGCGCGUUGGAAUUCAAAGACAAUUACAACUCUCGCUAGGGGACGAAGCUGGGAGAGCUCACUACAAGUUCUUGAUCGUCACUGUACUUGUUGAGAUUCUACUCGAAUGCCCCGGAAGACUGGCACCUGAGCUGACGAUGACUCUGCGAGCCAAAAUCUGUCGUCGUCUUGCAAAACUCGAGCAAGAGAAGAAUAGGAUGCCGGAAGUAUACGGCCAAUUGUUCAACGCUACUACAGACUUCUUCAAGAAUAGCAUUAUGGAAGCCACGCAGCUAGUGAAUUUAGCUUGGGAGAAAUUCAAACGAGAGACGACACGGCCUGUUCCUGUGCUUCCCACACGUGCUGACCGGCAAGCACAAUUUCUGUCUCUUCCCAACAGUAGACCGCACCUUCAAAGCGUUUUGGAAUCACGUCAUUCACAGAAGAAAACUCCCCGAUCUUUGCAGCUUCCAUCGCUACAUGAUACCGCGAUCGAGCAAGUUGAGCGGUUCACUGAUAUGUAUCAUCGAUUGGCUGAGUUGGAGAGCAAGAUCGAAACAAGGGAAGAGCCCAAGUUAACUAAAGACUCCACGCUCGAAUCGUUUUGCGAAAAACUAUCAGAUGCAAUACUCGGUCUCAUGAGCAAUGUUGGAGCAGCCUACGACUCCGAUCCCGAGCAAAUGUCCAUGUUCAUUUUGAGUCUUUUCACAAUUUGGGUGAGGCUGGACAAGUACAUCAUGGAUAUUUUCCCUAUCAUCCUAGAGUACCACCCAGUAUUUACUCCCGAGCUCUUAGAUGCUCUGCAUUUACCGACAGCCGCGGGAAUGCGCCGACUUCGUGACAUCCAGAGCCAUAUUCACAACAGAUGCAAAAGAUGUAAGUAUCAGACAACCAUAUUCGCUGAGCCUGAAAAGAAUUGCUUUGUGGUAAGAUACGUUUCGACCUCCAAAUCACUGCAGCAAAUCCAUCAAAGCAUACAACAAGCAUCGGAGGUAUCACGCCAGGCGAAGACAUCAGAGUUGGAGAAGUGGUGGUCGGAGUUCGACGAACAUUCCUUGGGUAUCUCUGGAGGCGCAUGUACCUGCAAAUUCAAGCCCGAUGGGACGCGAGACGUAAGGGGAUGUACCAAAUGCUGGCAUUGGCGAGUCCGGAACCGCAUGCAGAUCUAUGCGCACGAGGAUUUUCUCCCUAGCGACCCCAUUAAAUCAGCAGCAGUUAUCUUCGAGCUAGGUAUUCCAAAAUGUUUUGCUGCAUAUCGCAACGCAACGUGGAAGAUUUUGAUGUUGGCUUACCCUGGCAAACCACAAUCCGGAUCGCCGACAAUACUCUUAAGAGACUACGACCCGCUCACAGCAUAUGCAUCGAAACAAUCCACCGGUGUCACUAUUGCAUCGACAUCUAAACCAUUUCGUGGCACGCAUUACAAAGUUGGUAAGAAAAAAAUGAGAGCGUCCGAAUCCGAUGUCCUUUAUCCCAAUGGAUUAAAUUUCUCGUACUUCGACACGGUUUCGAAGACCUGGAUCAAGGAUUUCGACAGACCAUUGACCUUCCAACAUGAGUGCGGAGUACAUGUACCACCUGGGCUUUGCAGCUUGCUCAUACCAAGCUCGUCGCAUCCUCCUACUGUGAUAACUGGGCCGUCUUCAUAUGAAAUCGUCGCAUCGGAAACGCAAUGUCCAUCCGACAUGUCCGUACAUGAGUUCACAGCUUAUCAACGAUUGCUUUCCGGUAACACCCGCCGAUGGCUGACGAUGUUGGUCGAACUAGGCGCGUCGAAUGUGAACUUCAGCAACGAGAGUACAAUGCACAUAUUCAAUCACCUUGCUACUCAAGCCGGGCCGGCAAGUGACAAGCACGAUACAUUCGGCGACAUCCAUGCAGUCUUCAAAGAUAUGUCAUUUUGUGACCGCCUAGCCGCACAAGUGGAAAUACGCCUCAAUGACAUCUCGUCGAAUUGGCGUGAGAUUCAUUGCAUGGAGGUUAUGAUCACGUUGAGUUUGCGCCUUUGUCACUUGGCGGCCCCCAUGGUGCGAGCGAACGAACUUUUGGUUCAGGCACGUUGCAUCACCUUAGCUUGGAUUAACCGUCUUCGAGCCGAUGUUAGAAAUGCCAAAGAGACCUCUGUUGCGGAAAUAGCCGCUAGAUAUGCUUUUUGGGCUGCAUUACUCUGCCGCAGGACAUUCUCUAACAGCAAAGAACCAGAUGCUGUGAUGUCAGAGAAUGAUUUGUCUACAUUUUUCCAAGCAUCAUUGGCUCUUCAAGAGAACCUCCUUGUGGACGUGGCCAAGCUACCACCGAUUCUGAAGAGGAUGUUUAUUCGAGAUACUAAAACAACAUACAAGAUCAAAUCACUCCUACUGCAGUCCAUAAGAGCCCGUCCUCAAAGUGUGAGCAUGGCGAUCAACGCAUCAUGGUCAGAACCGGGCAGUUCAGCGGAGAAAUCCUUCAGUAGUUGGAAGCAAGUUUCACCGGUACAUGACCGAUGGGUAGUAAGCACCAUGAAGACUGCGACGAAGAAUCCAGCAAACACACAAGUAGCUCACUACAACUUUAUAGAGGGUCACUUGCUUAUCGAUGGCAAGCCACUAGGAAGACUUCCGCGCGAUUUUCGAGAGUCAGAUGAUGUGAGACAGCUCUUUGGUAAUCAACAUCUCCUCACAUUCCCAUCUGCUGAAUUUGGCAUGUCGUACGUCCUUGCGUCACGUAUCAAAAACAACGAGAUACACUUUGGCUCUCGGAACGGGCGGGUCAUCAUCCGUGCUUGGAGUCGGGAUGGGCUGCUGGAAUACAUACCGCCUCACCUUUUCGUCGGACCUGAGACGAUCGAUCUGCCAGACGGACUCGUAUCCAACUGCGCGCAUUGGUUAAAUAUAAACACAAGAUGUCUUGAGAUCCGGCGCAAGCCUUUUCUAUGGAGGACAAGGAUAAGCGACUGGAAAGUUGAUCUUAUCAAAUCGCAGGCUCAUCGAAGCAAUCGGACAAUAUUGGUCGACCCUAAUUCCUCCCUCUUCAAGCAAGUUGCCGGCGUCUUCCGUGGUUUUGAACACCCGCACAAGAUUACCAUUUUCCAGCCUGUCAAUUUCAGGGGGAAGCUGUCUGUGGAACUACGCCAUUUGGAACUGUCAUUCUUCGUAAACCCAAAUGGGCUUCUCGAAUGUCGAGAGUUGAAUGAAGAGAUCGAUCCCAAUCAAGAUGCUGGCACACUCUACGGUUUCGAGAGUAAAAUCGUACUGCGUGACGUCGCAAACAAAAAACGCCGCAGCAUAAUAGCACCAUGCGGACCAAUAUCUACUACACGCCAUGGAAUGCACGUGGCCGUUCGAGCAGCUGCUAGCACUGAUUAUGCAAAAUUCGGAAUUGACGAUGUACUUGGACGCUUGUCUUGCCCUCCUGAGCCUCGGCUCUUAUACUCAAAGGCUCAAUUCCAUGCGUAUACAUCAUUCGUCAUACCGGAUCCUUUGACUGGCCGCACAGGUACCGAAGAAGCGUUGCACAUGCUCCAAUCAGGUCAUUGCCAACCAUGGGAACCGUUAGGUGGAGGACCACUCAACAUUCUCAAAUCAAUUUCACAUCUUAGUCCAACGCGGAAAUAUUAUCCACAAGACAAGAAAGCACUGCAAAAUGUGUCCUGGAAUGCAGGGCUCACCAUGGCCGUCCAACAUGAUGCCUACGAAGGGCUUGUGCAGAAGAUACUCGACAAGUCGGAACGUCUUCGGGUCUUUGCUCAAAAUGAAGUGGACGAUGUUAAACUUGGCGCAUACAUCCCGUCUCAUCUUAGGAAACGGGGCCUUGCGCAGCGACGCAUCUAUGAGCGCAGUGUCGACGAUACGACUCAGGCAGCAGCAGGUGAUCGUGUGUAUAGAUCUCGUGGCCAGGAAGCCAAUUCGGUACAAGCACGGAAAGUUUAUCAUAUUGCAAACCUGUUCCAGAAGAAACCUUUCCAAGUUCACACUGGUCGAGAGCUUUCCACAAUAUUGGAGAAUUGGCAGCUUAUCGGCGGCUUUCAUGGGAUACGUCAGCCCGACGCUACGAGCCUAAGCGACAUGGUUGAGAGGAGUGUCGAUGAACAGUGGGGCAGUCUUGUGAAUAUAUGUCGCUACUCUAAUCUCGACGAACCCUACAAACUAAUGUUUCGCCUAAGUCUCAUGUCGCUCAACCCCAAAACUGACAUAGACACCAUCAAGAUCCUGGCGGCAUUUGCGUCUCUGUCUGUAUUGAGAAACACAAUACCUCCAUCCUGUCCCUCAUUCAACCAGUUCAGGCUUAACGAAGUGCCCAGCAUACAAUCCAUCUUUCAUAUAAUCUCUAUUGAUCUACCGGAGAAACGUCAACGACUGCAGACAAGGGCUGAAGCAGAACAUCGAAAAGCAUGCGAAGCUGAGGGGAAACGAUUAGCGCAACACUUUCUUGGCCAAUGGCCACAUCGAAAAAUUACUCUAGACGGGUUUAAUUCAGAUGUUCUCGAUGUAGGGCUCGCCACGGAGCGUGUCAUGCCUGAGUGGGAGCGCUUGCACUCAAACUUAUCUCUUUCAGAAUACGUAGUUCAUGUGCAGAAUGAAUUGCGAUGUCACAAGGGACAGAUUGACACGUCCCAUCCAAAAUCUUGGGAUUGGGAGCAAGAACCAUUCUACGAAAAAACACACGAUCCUGUCAUACCGUCGGUCUCGAGAGAUCUUCUUGAUAAAUCGCUAGUAUUACCUUUCGAACUCCAGGUGUGCGAGCUGCCACUGCCCAGUGACACUAAACUUUCUACCAGUACGAAGGAGAACACCAUAGCAAGCAUACCAGAGAAGGAGACCGUUGAACUACGGCAGAUUCUUUCCGAUUUUACGCAAGUACCAAGCCCUCUCCGCCAGCAGUAUGGGCUUGAUAUAAAGAUGAGCCUUGACGCCCUGGAGAAAACCAGUAAUAAGAUUCACGUUUCGCAUAGCACCCCGAACGUCGCAGUCAACGCAAAAUGCAUCGAAAGUCUUCGUGUUACGGUAGCUGAUCAAUUAUCUCAGAUUCGUGGGGCCUUAUCUGAAAACGACGACCGCUUCUCGUGGCUAAACCUUGGAAACCUCUGGCCUUGCACGACAUCGAUCGUGCUUUUAGAGCAACUGCGCUCGAGCUCGUCUUGCAAUUUUGGGGAUUUUGUACGGGAGACGGUUGUGUCACAUGGUAUUCUAAUCACAAAGUUGCAGCGACUGAUGCGGAUUCAUAAUGCACUGUAUCAUGGCAAGGACAAAACUCUCCAUGAAGAGCUUGGAAACUCCGGCCAUGAGAAUUGGAGUCCACUGGAAUGGUCUGACUGGCUUCUCUUAGAGAUUGAUAGCAACAUUUUGAUUCGGCAGGAGCAGGUUGAUGUUGCACAUGCGAUCAUUGCACCAGAGUCGAGGGACAACACGGUGUUGCAAUUGAACAUGGGUAAAGCACUAGGAAAAACAUCAUGUAUCGUUCCCAUGGCAAUGGCAGUGAUAGGAGACGGCAAGCAGCUCUCGCGUCUCAUCGUACCAAAGCCAUUGCUUUUACCGACUGCACAAAUGAUUCAGUCGCGACUGGGCGGCCUAGUCGGUCGCGAGACACGACACAUUCCUUUCUCCCGCAGGACUAAGGUCAACCUGCAAACACUUCAACUCUAUAGAGACCUUCAUCGGGAAAUGUUAGACAGUCGGGGUGUUGUGUUGAUUGCGCCUGAACACCUUCUCUCAUAUAGGCUUGGUGGCCUUCAACAUCUUGCCAGCUCUAACUUGGGGAUUGCACACGAGAUGAUUGAGUUCCAGGCCUACCUCAGCUCAAUUUGCCGUGACAUUUUGGACGAAUCGGACGUUUCAUUGGCGGUAAAGACCCAACUCAUCUAUCCGAGCGGCAAGCAGACUACAGUAGAUGGACACCCAUACCGCUGGAAAGUGGCGCAAUCGCUGCUAUCGCUCGUGAAAGAUCAUCUUCCAGAGCUUGAGCGGGAAUUUCCGCGCAAAAUCGAAGUUCUGAAGCGUGGUCAGGGUUAUCCGAUGAUAUACAUCCUUCAAGCAGAUGUAGAAGAGUAUCUGCACCAAAGCAUUGCCGAUGAGAUCUGUACCGGAAGGACAUCAUUUCUUCGCUUCGAAGGCUGUGUUUCGGAUACCUGCGAUGCGAACCUGCGUAGAGUGCUCUUCGAAGAGAACCUGGACAAUGAACUGUUAGAGCGUGUGGCUAAAUUGUUCAUUGAUGAGAAUGUUGCCCUCAAAACGCUAUUGCUUGUUCGGGGUCUGUUGCGCAACCGAAUACUGCUUUUUUGUCUCAGAAAGCGCUGGAACGUACAGUAUGGGUUGCACCCCAAGCGAGACCCGAUGGCAGUGCCCUUCGAAGCAAAAGGCAUUCCCUCCGAGCAGGCUGAAUUCGGACACCCUGACGCCGCGAUCAUUCUCACAUGCUUGGCUUUCUAUUACGCUGGUCUCAAUCCAAUCCAAUUCCGCGAAGCCCUUCGUCAUGUUCUGGCAUCACAAGACCCUGCUAGUGAGUAUGACAGAUGGACUAGCAGCUGCGAUUCGCUUCCACAGGCCUUGCAUCAUUGGAAUGUUAUCAAUCCCGAUGACCAUGAUCAGGUAGAGGAACUCUGGAGGCAUCUUCGAACGAACAAAAUCGUGCUCGACCACUACAUGAACCAUUUUGUAUUUCCUGCGCAUGCCAAACAGUUUGACAUCAAGCUACAGGCUUCUGGAUGGGAUCUGCCCCUGUUCUCGCGAACGGAACUCGGCAAGACGCUCACACGUGCGAGAACUACUGGGUUUAGCGGCACCAACGACAACAAGAUGAUGUUGCCGCUCACUAUCGAGCAGAAUGAUCUGCCGAGUUUGCAUCAAACGAACGCUGAGGUACUUACCUACCUAUUGCAAGAACGAAACCGUGAAUACCACCUUGUAGCUCGUGCCGGUAAGCGAUUGUCCGAGACAGAAUUCCUCGAACAACUCAGGGAUAGGAAUAUCCGCAUUCUCAUUGAUUCUGGCGCCUACAUACUUGAAAUGAGCAACGAAGACUUGGUCAAGGCAUGGAUGGACAUAGAUACUCAACCACCAGCAGCUGUCUAUUUUGGCGCCGACAAUCGAGCCUGGGUGCGAUAUCGUGGUACUAAGGCGCAGGUCCCCCUGCUAGCGACCCCAUUCGCCGACAAUCUAGACAAUUGUCUCGUGUACCUGGAUGAAGCACACACGCGGGGCAUAGAUCUGAAGCUGCCGCAAUAUGCUUGCGGUGCGCUGACACUUGCUCUCGGGCAGACAAAAGAUCAUACUGUGCAAGCUGCCAUGCGCCUUCGGCAGCUUGCGACUACUCAAUCUGUUUGCUUCUUUGCAUUUCCAGAAACCCAUCAGUCCAUCCUUGAUGUUUGUAGAAUACAAGAGGAGGACAAAGUUAACUCUUCUCAUGUCGUUAGGUGGCUGUUGGAACAGACGUGCCGUAUGAAUGAACAGCUCCAAAAUCUAUACGUGUCCCAAGGUACCGACUUUUGUAAUCGAGUAAACGCAGAAUGGAAGCACGCUGCUUUCCUCUCUGAUGCUCAAGACAGGAUUGCAUAUGUCGAGGUGCUUCAGCACCCUGAACAGCAAACACUGGAGCAGCUCUAUGGAGGCUGCACGAAUGAUGUCCAUGGCCGAUCCCCUUUUACGACCACGUUUCCGCAGCUCAAAAAUUUCAUGAAAAAGCUCAACCACCUGCGUCUGGGUAUGUCGAGCACCGCAGAUGUCCUUCACUCUUCUGCGCUGGAGGAGGUAGAGCAGGAACGUGAGGUGGAAUUCCAAGUCGAAGAAGUGCGUGAGGUGCAGAAAGCUUUACAUUAUAAAGCCCAUGAAUUCCCUGGAAUUCAUCCUGCCAUCUCUGGCUUUGUGAGCACUGGUCGUUUGUGUGGAGACGUGGGGUACGAGCACGUUUUUGAUGCUGUUUCACGCACGUCUAUUGGUGAGAGGUUUGGCAUUAAAAGAACAGAAUCCCGCUUGUUUGUUUCAGUGGAAUUCAUGAAAACAAUCAAGACGGAAAAGUUGUGCUUGAUUGAUAACUUUCUGCGCCCGGUUGAAUGGAUACUUUACAGUCCCAUCACAUUCAACACACUCAUCAUCAUCGCCGAGGAAGCAGAGGUUUUGAUUCCUCAGAUUCGCAAUCGAGCGUUCCCCCCAAAAGUCCAUCUCCUCACGUACUCAGCACCAGCCACAAAGAAGAUGGUACAAUUCAGUGGUCUACGAUACCACGCUGUACCAGCAUUUGAAGGAGAGCACACCAUUCCGCAAAGCCUUACCAUUGAGCUUGGUAUAUUCGCGGGCCAGUUGUACAUGAAAUAUGAGGAAUGUGUGUCUCUAGUGAAUUACAUUAACGAUGGCAGCAUAAAUGGGCGAUCUGAUGCAACGACGAACAGAAUAGUCAGCUUUAUCCUUGAGUGGGUUUCCCUCCGCCGCAGAGGUCAGGAUAUCACGCACACUCCGCUUGGCUAUGUUUGCCAGGGUCGUCCGCUGGGUGUGGAGCAUGCGUUCUUCGUGACCAGCCGUGCUGUUGAUAUUGGUGUGGUCGAUUCAUACCACACUAGUGGAGCUGUUACCGAGUUACAAGAAGACGAGGAUGAUGAGGACGAGAAGCAAUUUGACUUGGAAGAGAGCUAG